AUGCCGAACCUCACCGCAGCAGACACCAUCCGCAUGCUGGUCGCAACGGACAAUCAUGUCGGCUACAACGAACGAGACGCGAUUCGUGGCGACGACAGCUGGAGAUCCUUUCACGAGAUUAUGUGCCUAGCAAAGGAGCGCGAUGUCGACAUGGUUCUGCUCGCUGGCGAUCUAUUCCACGAGAACAAGCCCAGCCGCAAAUCGAUGUACCAGGUCAUGCGCAGCCUCCGUAUGAAUUGUUAUGGGGAGAAACCAUGCGAGCUGGAGAUGCUGAGCGAUGCCAGCGAGACGUUUGCUGGCGCCUUCAACCAUGUCAACUACGAGGAUCCAGACAUCAACGUUGCCAUACCCGUCUUCUCCAUCCACGGAAACCAUGACGAUCCUUCCGGCGAAGGUCAUCUCGCCGCACUGGACAUUCUACAGAUGUCGGGUCUUAUCAACUACUACGGCCGCACGCCAGAAUCCGACAACAUCCAGAUCAAGCCGGUGCUAUUGCAGAAAGGCAACACUAAGCUUGCUCUCUACGGCAUGAGCAACGUUCGCGACGAGCGACUAUUCCGCACUUUCCGAGACGGGAACGUCAAAUUCUUCCAACCCAACAUGCAGAAGGGUAACUGGUUCAACAUCUUGAGCGUACACCAGAACCACCACGCUUACACCGAGACUGGAUACCUGCCUGAACACUUCCUCCCGGACUUCAUGGACUUGGUCGUAUGGGGCCACGAGCACGAAUGCAAAAUCCAGCCCAGCCUCAGCGCAGAGGCUGGCUUUCGUGUGAUGCAGCCUGGAUCUUCCGUCGCCACUUCACUUGUCGCUGGAGAGGCGGUGGCCAAGGAAGUCGCAAUACUAAGCAUCCACGGCAAGACGUUCGACUUCGAACCCAUCCGGUUGAAGAGCGUUCGGCCUUUCAAGCAGAAGGAGAUCGUGCUGAACGAUUUCAAAGAGAUGCGCGAAAUUGCUCUUGACCAGGAGAACCAGAGCAAGAUUCAUCGCUUUCUGACUGAGAUUGUGGAUGAGAUGAUCGAAGAAGCUCGAGAAGAGUGGCUUGAGCUGCAACGAGAGUCCAGCGAAGAGCCAGAUGAAGAGAUUGUUCCUCCUCUGCCACUAAUUCGCCUCCGCGUUGAGAUCACGGCUCCAGAAGGUGGCAAGUACAACAUCGAGAACCCACAGCGCUUCAGCAACCGCUUCGUCGAUCGAGUGGCAAACACCACGGAUGUUGUUCAGACCCACCGCAAGCGCGUCGCAGCGAAACGAGCAACCAAGGCCAAGGCUGACAUGCCCCAAGCGAGCGUCGUGGAUAAUUUCUCGCUCGAGAAUAUGAAGGUCGAUAAGCUGGUAGAGGAGUUCCUCACCGCACAAUCACUUCAGAUCCUGCCGCAGAACCAAUUCAGCGAGUCCGUGGGCCAGUUCGUGAACAAGGACGACAAGAACGCCAUGUUUGACUUCAUCGAGCAAUCUCUGGGAGAUCAGCUCAAGCAGCUUCUAGCCGAUGGAGACGAUGACGUUGAUGAAGAAGCGACGGCAGAGCUGAUGGAGAAGGUCAAGAGGGCGCAGGAAGAGGCGUACGAGAAGGGUGAGCUCAAGCAGAAGAGGAGGAAGGGCAGUCGGAAGCCGAAGCCUGAUGGAUGGGACACUGAUAUGGAUGGGGAUUGGGAGAAUAAUCCCGCAUCCAUCAUUAGGAGUGACGAUGAAGGUGAAGAUGAAGAUAUGCAGGAGAGUCGGGAGUCGAGCGUCAGGCCGGCCACGUCUGGAAGAGGGAGAGGGAGAGGCGGCAGGGGAGGUGCCGCUACUACCAGGAAGCCUGCAGCAACCACCAAGAAGGCACCUGCGAAGAAGCCGGCGGCUAAGAGCAGGAAGAAGCAAGUCUCGGAGGACGAAGAUGAAGACGACGAUGAAGACGUGGUUAUGAUUGAUGAUGAUGAUGAUGACGAUGACGACGAAGGUGAGACAUUGUUUGUCCAGCAGAAGAAGAAGCCGGUUGCUUCAAAGGCUGCGGCCGCUCGCUCGCAGAAGGCGCCGGCGAAGUCGACACGCGGUGGGAAGACAGCAGCCUCGAGUGGCAGCGGACGCCAGACACAGAUCGCGUUCGGAAGUCAGGCGAACGGGACCGCGCCGAGAUCGAAUGGUUCGCGUGCUGCGGCGCCCAAGAAGAUGCAGGAGCCGAGCGAUGAUGAGAUCAGUGAUGAUGAGGCGUUUGAACCACCACCGGCUACUGCGAGAGGCUCGAGGACUGCGAGGAGGUGA